GAAUCAAUGGACUUGGUCCAGAGAUCUGCUUCUUGUCCUUCUGGCUGGUCUGAGUACAACGGUAACUGCUACCACUAUGUUUCCUUGCCCAUGGAUUGGGCUUCAGCUGAGAGGCACUGCAUGUCCAUGGGGGGACACCUGGCAUCAGUUCAUAACCUAAGGGAGUACCAUCAUAUUCAGCAUGUGAUAAGAAUGGCAACUUAUAGGUCCGGACUUACAUGGAUUGGAGGCAGUAAUGCACAGAAGCUAAGCAUUUGGCUUUGGAGCGAUGGAAGCCAAUUCCACUACACAAACUGGUGUCCAACAGAGCCUAACAAUUGGCGAGGCGACCAGCACUGUUUGCUGAUGAACCAUUAUGAAAGCCUGAGCAGUCCGAGAAGAAGCCUUUUUCUGUGGGUGGAGUACUUCAAAGACCUAUUUAAUCCCACCGACACGUCUUCCAUCGAGGAAGCAGAGCCUGGUGGCUCCGGCUUGGGUCCUCCCAUCUCUGUUGCUGAAGUCACAGAGGUGGUUAAAAAGCUCCUCGGUGGCAAGGCUCCAGGGGUGGAUGGGAUUCGCCCUGAGUACCUUAGGGCUCUGGAUGUUAUGGGGCUGUUCUGGUUAGCGCGGCUCUGCAACAUUGUGUGGACAUAG